AUGUACAAUCUCAAAAACCAGGUCAUCGUGAUAACCGGCAGCUCCUCGGGCAUCGGCCUGGCAGCCAGCACAAUUGCCCUCUCCUCCGGCGCCAAAGUCUUCGGGGUGGACAUCCGGCCGCCCCCCUCCACCCUCACCUCCCAGUCCAACUAUGCCUGCCUACAAUACGACCUGUCCUCGAGCUCCACCGUCAGCGACAUUGUUGCAGCCUGUGAAGGUGCUUUUGGCCCGCGCAUCGAUGGCCUGCUCAACAUCGCUGGGGUAAUGGACCUCAAUCAGAGCGCCGACACACUGGCCGACGAGAUCUGGGAGCGCUGCAUUGCGGUGAAUCUCACGGCUCCGGUCAAGCUGAUGCGAGAGGUGCUACCGGUGAUGCAACGACAAGGAGGGGGGAGCAUUGUCAAUGUGGCGAGCAAGGCGGCGCUGAGCGGGGCAGUGUCGGGCGUUGCGUAUACAGCGAGCAAGCACGGGCUCGUUGGCGCGACCAAGAACGUCGCCUGGAGGUUCAAGCACGAGCGGAUUCGGUGCAACGUGGUUUGUCCUGGCGGCGUUGGAGCAACGUCGAUCCGCGACGGGGUCGAUGUCACUCAAUUCGAUGCCGCCGCGCUAGAGACAAUGGCGUUGAUCCACCAGGCUCACGGAUGCGACAGGGAAAAAGGCGUGGAACUCCAGCCGCAGGACAUUGCCCAUAUGCUAUUAUUUUUGCUGGAUGAGCGGAGCAGGGGGGUUAGUGGGGCGGUCAUUCCUGUUGACAACGCGUGGUCGACUAUAUAG